AUUGGAUGUCCAAUUUUGGGAAUCAAUACAACUCUUUAUAGUCACCACCCGUUUGAUCUUCAUUAUCAGUCUUUUUUCUUUAUUAUUUAAAAAGACAACAUUUAAUACAUAAAAUGAGUUUGAUAUAUUUAAUAGAAGAGAGAGGAUACUGAUAUGGGCUCUCUUUUCUAUAUCAUGAUUUGUUGUCUAUUAGUGCGCGAGCAAUUUCUGACCAAGUACACCAUUUAAACAUGUAUAUUUGUAUAUAUUUUACAUAUUUUAGACCGAGUUUAUACAAGUACACAUCACCUCAAGAAGGAUAAAGAAAGAAAAAAAAAAUGAGAGACGGAGUAAAUAGAGGGUCUCUUUUCUUUCCUUUUAAACAAUGUCUGAUUCGAGUCAAAACUCUCUUAUUGAUCAUGAACAAUAUAAAAAAGAUAUUAAAGAUAUAUUAAGUCAUUCCGACCUUACGACCAUCACAGCCAAAAAGAUUCGACUAGAGCUAGAAAAACGAACGGGUCAAUCCUUGGACGGUAUAAAGAAACAGAUAAACGGUCUGAUUGAAGAAAUGUUUCAAAACGUGCAUAACGAUUCCAAUGUUGAACAUAACAACAAACAGGAUCAAACUCGUAGAAUUGAGGAUCUUGUAAUUAACCAUCACGGGAUACCAACGAAAAAGAAGACCAAAACACCCAAAAAUACAAAAAAGAGACCAGCGGAGAAGAAGCAAAGGGACAUGCCUCUGCUAAAGGUGCUUCCUCCGUUAUCUCAUAUUAUUAAAACUGAAUACUGUUCCCGUACUCAAACUGUCAGCAAAAUGUGGGAAUACAUCAGAGAGCACAACUUGCAGGAUGAAAAGGAUAAGCGUUAUAUCAAUUGCGAUGAUUACUUUAUACAACUAUGUGACGGUGAGAAGAGGAUCAAUACCUUUACGCUAAAUAAAUACAUUCAGAAAUACUUUGAAAAGCUUUCAGAUGAAGAACAAGAGUUAAGAAAACCGCCAUCGACUGAAACAAAAGAGCCACCUGCCAAAAAGCCGAAAAAGAAUCCACGUGAUAUGCCUAUUGUCAAGAUACUUCCGCCUUUAAGCGAUAUUAUCAAAACUGAAUAUUGCUCACGUACUCAAACGGUUAGCAAGAUGUGGGAGUAUAUCAGAGAACAUGGUUUGCAAAAUAAAGAUGAUCGAAGAUUAAUCGAUUGUGACAGCAAGUUCAAAGAAUUAUGUGAUGGAAAGGAUCAAAUAUCAUCCUUUGCUAUGAAUAAAUACACUCAAAAGUGCUUUGUAAAGAUUCCUGAAGAAGAGCAAAAAGCAAUUAAGUUACGGAUAUAUGGCGACAAGCAAGACAACGAAGAAGAUGAUGAUGAAGAAGAAGACGGAGAGUGAAAACAUGUAUAAAAAACAAUUUUUGGGAAAUAAACAUAGUUCGACUACAGGAGAUUCCUAUUUCCAAGCUGUAGAUAGUCUAAUAGACUAUAGCUGGUUGAUAUAUUCAAUAUAAAAAUAUAUAUCAAAGCUUUCAGUUCAAAUAGCCUCAACUAUUACAUUUGUGCACGAAGUAGCAUCAUACGUAAUUACUUUGUGCUGUGUUCCAAAAAUCAUCCUAGACUUGCAAACAAGUCUUUGAUAAUUUGAUCAAGUAGCAUAGGGGGAUUAACAAACACUUUGUCCCCAAGAC